AACCUGAACGUGUUUCUAGCUUUUUCCUGCUCUUGCAACAGACAGAUGCAGAACUUUUUUUCAUUAAACCCAAAACAAUUAUAUUCUGCCAUGAUAAUAAUUUAAAAAUAAAAAAUCAAACAAACUAAUGAUAGUCGGCAAUCGGCAUCACCAAAAUUAACCAAACAAACAAACAAAAAAUUUAGCCGAAACUCAUAUAGGCUACAGCAUAGUAAUAUAUAUUUACUCCCCGUUCUCCUUUUCACUUUCCCACUCCCUUUCUCUUCCAAUGGCUGACAAUUCUAGCACCACCGCCAACACCGUCAGUAGCACCGCCGCUUCUACGACGGCGGCAAACCCGCCGGAAUCGAAAAGCUGGGCUGACCAAGCCGAUGAGAUCGAUCAAGCCGAACAGCUGUCUUCCGCCGCCGCCGACAUAGACAUCGGAUCUCUACAUGUCGAUGAGUCCAAAACAGUCAACUCCACUCUCUCCGACCCUGACGAUUCUCGCAUAGAAGCAGUGACAUCUGGAGACACUUUGUAUAAAUCAGCAAAGAGAUUUGAGGAUUUGAAUUUAUCUCCGGAGUUAUUGAAGGGAUUAUAUGUAGAGAUGAAGUUUGAGCGUCCCAGCAAAAUUCAGGAAGUUAGUUUGCCUAUGAUUCUUACGCCGCCGUAUAAGAAUUUGAUUGCUCAGGCUCAUAAUGGUUCUGGUAAAACUACUUGCUUUGUGCUUGGGAUGUUGAGUCGGGUUGAUCCGAAACUUGCUGCUCCUCAAGCUCUUUGUAUCUGUCCAACGAGAGAAUUGGUUAUUCAGAAUAUGGAAGUGCUAAUGAAGAUGGGGCAGUAUACUGGCAUUACAUCAGAGCUAGCUAUUCCGGCAGAUACUACCAACUAUAUUCCGCUUGCAAAACGGCCACCCAUUACAGCACAAGUGGUGAUUGGCACACCUGGAACUAUAGGCAAGUGGGUGUCGGCAAAGAAACUGGGAAUGAGUUGCAUGAAAAUUCUUGUUUUUGAUGAAGCGGACCACAUGUUGGCAGAGAGUGGUUUUCAGGAUGAUUCUGUAAGAAUAAUGAAGGCAAUCGUUAAAGCCAACGCUGACUGCCAGGUGCUUCUUUUUUCUGCAACGUUUGGGGAAAAUGUCAAAGCAUUUGUAACAAAAAUUGUUAAAGAUCUAUUCGUGAAAGAUUACAACCAAAUGUUUGUGAAGAAAGAAGAACUUUCACUGGAUUCAGUGAAGCAGUAUAAAGUACAUUGUCCAGAUGAACUUUCAAAAGUCAUGGUAAUUAAAGACAAAAUACUUGAACUAGGACAGAAGGUGGGGCAAACAAUUAUAUUCGUUGGUACAAGAAACAGUGUAAGCAUGCUGCAUAAAUCAUUGGUUGACUAUGGCUAUGAAGUGACAACAAUUCAAGGUAAUCUUACGCAAGACCAGAGAGACAAAGUAAUCAAGGAGUUCAGAGAAGGAUUGACCCAAGUUCUUAUAUCAACUGAUAUUCUUGCUCGUGGAUUUGACCAAUCACAGGUUAAUUUAGUGGUUAAUUAUGACCUCCCUGUGAGACAUGGGAAUAGAUCAGAGCCAGAUCAGGAGGUAUACUUGCAUCGGAUUGGUAGAGCAGGGCGUUUUGGACGCAAAGGUGCCAUAUUCAACUUGCUGUGUGGUGACCGAGAUGAUAUGCUUAUGUCAAAGAUUGAGAAUCAUUUCAACCAUCAAGUGACUGAGAUUCCCUCAUGGAGGAGCGACGAAGAUUUUGAGAAUGCUCUGAAGAAAGCUGGUUUGCUCUAAAGCUGAGAAGAAUCUGCUGCCUGUUGGUUAGCAGAUCUACGGAGGUGGAUGUGCUCGAUAGAUCAUAUUUAUUGAGAUGCUUCCUUGAUUACCCUACUUUUAAGAACUACUGUUUUGAUAGAAGCAUCUAUGUUUUACUAAAGUGGCGUCAGCAAUAUAUUGUAAAUUGAUGGCAUAUUUUUAAUGAUAGUCUUUUCAGCGUGUGUUUUUUCUUCCUCA